AUGCCCCUGGGAGAGGAUGGAAAUGGAUGGAAGAAAAAAACGUCCGAUAUCAAGGAAAACUACGACUUCAAGGAAGUCCUGGGGACGGGAGCGUUCUCGGAGGUGGUGUUGGCUGAGGAGAGAAAGACACAGCGUCUAGUGGCAGUCAAAUGCAUUCCUAAGAAAGCCCUGCAAGGCAAGGAGAACAGCAUAGAGAACGAGAUCGCCGUGUUGCACAGAAUAAAACAUGAGAACAUUGUUUCACUGGAAGACAUCUUUGAGAGUCAGUCACAUUUAUACCUGGUCAUGCAGCUUGUUUCAGGUGGAGAGUUGUUUGACAGAAUCGUGGAAAAGGGAUUCUACACGGAGAGAGAUGCCAGUAAACUGAUCAGACAGAUUCUGGAUGCAGUGAAGUACCUUCAUGACAUGGGGAUCGUGCACAGAGAUCUAAAGCCAGAGAAUCUUUUGUACUCCACUAUGGAUGAAGACUCUAAUAUAAUGAUCAGCGAUUUCGGUCUGUCAAAGAUCGAGGACUCAGAGAGCGUAAUGUCUACAGCCUGUGGAACACCUGGCUACGUUGCUCCUGAAGUCUUGGCGCAGAAACCGUACAGUAAAGCCGUGGACUGUUGGUCUAUAGGAGUCAUUUCUUACAUUCUGUUAUGUGGCUAUCCACCCUUUUACGACGAAAACGACGCCAAGCUGUUUGAGCAGAUCCUAAGGGCCGACUAUGAGUUUGACUCCCCGUACUGGGAUGAUAUCUCUGAAUCAGCUAAAGAUUUCAUCCGUCACCUGAUGGAGAAAGACCCCUCAAAGAGAUACACCUGUGAACAGGCACUGCAGCAUCCCUGGAUCUCUGGAGACACAGCACUUGAUAAAAAUAUUCAUGAAUCCGUGAGUGCUCAGAUCAAGAAGAACUUUGCCAAAAGUAAAUGGAAGCAAGCUUUUAACGCCACGGCCGUGGUGCGGCACAUGAGACGCCUGCAGCUGGGCACCAGUGUGGAGGCUCCCAGUCCCAUCACCCCUACAAGCCCCUCUAACAGCCACCUGCUCCUGCCAACCAGCCACCCAGAGGAAGGGGAGGACGAGGGAGAGGAGGAGGAUGGUAAGGAGCCCCAGGGGGAGGACAGUCGCCGUGGUAGCGCAGAUCGGGACAGCCUGAGGAGCUGCGGAUACUGCUGUCGACCAGCCAGCCGGAUCUGA